AUGGCGGCAGGUUCGGAUGGCCGCAGAGCCAAAACGGCCCACGUUAACAUGAUGACCGACACCAUCAUCACCAACAUCUCAGCUGAAGGUCUCCGCGUUGUCUUGCGGUCGCUACUGGCAUCUCACCCUGACGUCACCUCAACCUUUGAGGCCGAGACCAAGACGUACAUCCAAGAUGUCGCUCUGCCGAAGAUCUCGAAACAAGCAUCUAAGCCAGACAUAUCUGCGCUGAAAGAUACUCAGAAAACAAUUCGGUGCAUGCUGGGAUGCGGUCUCAGCCAUGAGAGUAUUACUCUUAUGAGCAAGUUGGCUGUCCAGGGUGCUGAUCUGCUCCAGAGCUCCGAGCCCGUCGAUGGAGUUGAGGACUUCUUGGCAUCGGUUGACGGCGAUAUCGUGCAACUGGUGACCGCAGUCGAGAAGACGUUAUCCAGUGCUGGCCGAACACAACUUCUGGACGAGGAGAAGAGUAUCUUGAACGGCCUUCACAAAUCUCUUAUCGACUGCAAGACGGCGACCGGGGGAAACCAGUUGGAGUAUCCUUACACGAGAGCGCUCACGGCGACUUGCAUCCUUCUCGGAAUCCCUGCGCCGGAGACUGUCAACUUGGCUUCAGUUGAUGCAGACUUACACUCAGCUCCGCCAGUCGCGAAGGAGACCUUCGAGCUGAACGGACGAAAACUACCGCGAAUCUUCUCGGGGCUUUGGCAAAUGUCUAGUCCGUCAUGGGGUUCAGCGCCAACCUCCAAGAUCAUUGCCCAAUUCUCUCGAUAUGUCCGAGCUGGUAUGGUGGCCUUCGACAUGGCUGACCACUACGGCGACGCAGAAAUAGUCUUCGGUCGCUUCAACUAUCUGUAUCCUCUGAAAGGUGUCACUUUUGCUGGGACGAAGUAUUGCGUCUUCAGCCCGAUGAAAGUCACCCGCGAGGCUGUGCAGGCCAAUGUGUCCGAGAGAUGCAGGAGACUGCAAACGGAGAAGGUUGAUCUGCUCCAGUUCCACUGGCAGUUCUAUGACGACUCUCAGUACCUCGACGCUUUGCGCUUCUUGGCCGAAGAUGAGCGGGUGUCUACCCUUGGUCUCUGCAACUUCGACACCAAACAUCUCGAAGCAGUGCUGGACAAUGGCAUCAAGGUUUACUCAAAUCAAGUCCAGUUCUCUUUGAUCGACUCUCGCCCCGUUGUGCGCAUGGCCAAGGUCUGCGAGCAGCAUGACGUGAAACUUCUUACGUACGGAACUCUUUGCGGUGGCUUCCUCGCCGAGAAGUGGCUGGGCAAGGACGAGCCCGACCUCUACGCCGAGUCGAUCACGCCCAGCCAGCGCAAGUACUACGCCAUGAUCCGGAGCUGGGGUGGCUGGACGUUAUUCCAAGAAUUGCUGCGCGUGCUGAAAACAAUUGCUUCUAAGCAUCACGUCAGCGUUUCCACUGUUGCGAUCCGGUGGGUGUUGGAUUUCCCCUACGUCGGGGCCGUCAUCGUCGGGGCAAGGAUGGGUAUCAGUGAGCACACGGAUGAGAACACGGCGAGCUUGGGGUGGUCGCUUGACGAGAAUGAUCGCGCGUCGAUUGAGGAAGUGUUGAAGAGGAGUAGUAGGCUGGAGAUGUUCGAGGACAUGGGUGAUUGCGGAGGCGAGUAUCGUUAA